GAGAAGGUGCACGACACAGAGUAUCAGGGGCAACUUUCACACGCUCACUGAGAUCCUAGUCAGUAUUUUUACUUAGAUCUCUAACCUACAGAAGCCUACAGUUACGUCAUCGGACUUAAUCCCGCAAGCAUGCAUCUCAACCAUGGCGCCUGACGCCGUUGCCACGGAAACAACAAAGCUCAUCACCGUGACCUUGAUCUUGACCUGGCACUCCGUCUUCAGUGUCAAAAAUGUGACGGGAAUUAAGAUAGGGGUCCUCCUCAUCAGUGACAUUAACGUGCCGUACAGCAUCCAGAGGACAGGUCCAGCCAUCCACAUUGCCGUAGAGAAAGUCAACCAGAACCUCAUGGAAGGUUACCGCCUGGUCACGGUGAUACGUGUCUAUGACAACCUGUGUGACGCAAGGUAUGCUUCAGGCGCGGCAGCGGAACUUCAUUUCAUAGACCAAGUGCAAGCCAUUGUAGGACCCGGAUGUUCUAAUGCUCUUGACCACGUGGCCCGUCUUGCUGCUUAUUGGAACAUUCCAAUUGUAACAGGCUUGGGGGAAAAUGGAAUCUUCAAUAACAAAACCACGUAUCCGACCCUGACGAGAUUCGCCUACUGCCAGUGUCGGAUAAGAAGUGUCUUCGCUAACACUUUCACUUUGUUCAAAUGGACCAACAUAGCCCUGAUAUACGAUCACAGUGACGGACCUUCGGACAUUUUAGGUACGACACUGAAAGAUGGCCUCCCUACCUCUAAAUACUACCCGGAAGUGAUAGGCUUCUACAGCGAAGACAAAAGUUACGAUGCCGGGAAACUUUUGCAAGAAGCGGCCAAAAACAGCAGAAUCAUCAUCUUUGCGCUCCACGGUAACCUGCUGAGAGAGUUCAUGCUGAAGGCCUACGACCUCGGCUACGCCCAAAGCGGGGACUUUGUUUUCAUGAACGUGGAGCUCUUCCCGUUUCCCAGCGGCUACUGGGGCAACAACCACUGGGCAAGGAACGACUCGCUGGACCCCAUCGCAAAGAAAGCGUACGAGUCACUGCUGCGCGUCUCGUUGUAUUUUCCCAUCAUCCCGGAAUGGUGGAACUUUACCCAACGCUGUAAAGAAAUGUCGCAGAGAGACUGGAAUUUUACUUACGGAACUGAAGAGGUGAAUUAUUUCGUUGGAGCAUUCCAUGACGCUGUCAUCCGACUUGGGUCAGCGAUCAAUGCAACUUUGGCCAAUGGUUCGGACCUGAGCGAUGGCCGCGCUGUGACAAGGAGAAUGUGGAACUAUAUUUCUCAUGAUAUCACCGGAGACGUCAUCAUUGACUACAAAGGCGACAGAAACAGCAGCUUCGCACUGAAAGAUUUGAACCCUGUCACUGGAGAGUUUGAGAUUGUCGCCUAUUUCCUGGGUGACCGCCCGAACGGACUCACGCUGGUCCCAAACAAAAGCAUCCACUGGCCUGGGGGACGCACGUCACCUCCACCCAACGUGCCCUUUUGUGGGUACCAGAAUGAGAACCCUAAGUGCCAGCCCCCAGAGCAUCUGCCAACGUAUAUGGUUGUCAUCAUAGCUGCUUUUGCUGUUAUAGUGCUUUCACUUAUCGUGGGAUUCUUGGUUUACAGGAGAAUAGAGGCUGAAAGGGAGUUAAACAGCACUGCUUGGAGAGUAAACUACUGUGACAUUAAAUUUCGUCAGGCAAUUACACAAAGUGCUAAAUUUAGCUUAUACUCUUUGGCAACGAAAGAGAGUGACGCCCAUUCACAAGACGCCACCAAUCAAACAUUCACUCUUGUCGGUGUUUAUAAUGGUGAUAUGGUAGCUGUGAAAAAACUGAAGAUAGGUAAAAUUGACGUCACAAGGCAAGUCCUUCUAGAAUUAAAAACAAUACGUUCAAUGCACCAUGAGAACUUGGCCAGUUUUCUAGGCGCCUGCGUAGAUCCAGGACAUCUGUGUUUGCUGUACGAGUACUGUAAGAAGGGAAGUCUGCAGGAUGUCUUGCUAAAUGACUCCAUUAAACUGGAUUGGACGUUCAAAGUGUCUUUGCUGAAAGACGUGGCGAAAGGCAUGACCUACAUCCACCACUCAGAGCUCGGUUGCCAUGGACGCUUGACUUCUUCGAACUGUGUGGUGGACGGCAAAUUCAAUGUCAAGAUAACAGAUUACGGACUUCCGAGUUUCAGAGCCAUGGACAACAACUUCGCGGACAAAGAGGACGGGGCGCAUUCAGAGUUACAAAAGUUAAUGUGGGUGGCACCAGAGAAUAUUCGACAACUAAAAUGCAUGGGCGGAUCCAAGAAAGGGGAUGUCUACAGUUUUGGCAUUAUCAUGGAUGAAGUGAUGACCAGAUCUGUUCCGUAUGACUCACACAGGGCAUUUCUUGAGGUCAAUGAAAUUAUCCAAAAAGUCUGCAGCAACAUGACCCCACCCUUCAGGCCGGAACUACUUGACUUUGAUGCCAGUGAAGAUUAUAUCUCCCUGAUGGAGAAGUGCUGGGCACAGGAUCCGGAAGUCAGGCCGACAUUUGAGAACAUAGUUAAGAUCAUCAAUACUUUCAGUGGGGGUAAGGAUGUCGCUUUGGUUGAUCGUCUACUGACCAGGCUUGAGGAGUACACCAGUAACUUGGAGGAUCUAGUCCAGGAGCGGACCCAGCAGUUGGCGCAAGAGAAGAAAAAAUCUGAGCUCCUUUUAGAUGAGAUAUUGCCAAGGGAAGUCUCAGAGAAGCUGAAACAAGGACUUCCUGUUGACCCAGAGACUUAUGACAUGGUGACAAUAUACUUCUCUGACAUAGUCGGUUUCACGUCACUGUCCGCUGCCAGCAGUCCUUUAGAGGUGGUGGCUUUGUUAAACUCCUUGUACUCAAAUUUUGACAGCACUAUUGAAAACUUUGACGUUUAUAAGGUCGAAACAAUAGGAGACGCCUACAUGGUGGUUUCUGGGUUACCCAUUCGUAAUGGUGACAAUCACGUAUUGAAUAUUGCCAGAUUGGCCCUUGCACUUCUGGACGUUGUGGCCAGGUUUAUUGUACCGCACAAGCCAGCUCAUAAGCUACAGCUCAGAAUUGGUUUACAUUCUGGUCCUGUCGUUGCAGGGGUUGUUGGUCUUAAAAUGCCCCGCUAUUGUUUGUUUGGAGACACUGUCAAUACGGCAUCAAGAAUGGAAAGCAAUGGAGCUGCCCAGAAGAUUCACAUCAGUGGAGACUCAAAACAGUUACUGGACAAACUCGGCCAAUUCCAAACGGAAUUAAGAGGCCAAGUGGAACUGAAGGGUAAAGGUAGCCAGGUUACAUACUGGCUACUCAGAGAAAUUGACUCCGUAAAAUUUCCCAAUGAUGGCGACUCUUUGAAAACUGCUAACAACAAACUGAAUGUGUCAAGGGAGAGCAUUCUAAAAGAAAAAAAUCAACUGACAUUAGAUGAUAGCCAGUCAAAUAAAUGGACCAAUGAGAAAGCUAAUCAGAACAUAUUGACACACUCCAAUGACAAAUAUUCAUCAUCAAUAUUCACAAUUAAUGUUAACACUGUUUCUAAAACAGAAAGCCCCAAAGAAAACUCUUUGAAAUCAAAUCUGAUGAAACAGUCCAAAAUAUUUCCAGCCAAAUAAAUGUUCAUUGUAAGUGCAUGAAAGACAUUAUGCACUGAAUUCAAUCUUACAUUCUCUACUUAUGGGCUAGUUAGUCUAGCUAGCUAUGGCUGCAGAUAAACUGGGCAUUGUGCAAUAGGUUCAACUCCUUAUCCUUGUAUAGACUGGAACCCAUUCUUAUCAGUUUUGAGAAGUGGUGAGUAUGUGUUGUGAGGUAGCUUCCAGGUAGCUAAUCCAACCACAACUUGUAUUAAUUUGCCACGAAAAAUUGAAUUCAGCUCCCAAUCCUCUUGUAUAAACACAAUCUUUAUUAACAUAAAAUUUACAAGUUUUUAAUGUCAAUGUAGAAAUAAACAAAAACACAAAUUAACUCACAAGAUGUCAAAGGAUUUUUUAAACUAUUAAAAUCCACUGUUCUCAAUAGUUCUCAUACAUGUUUCUGUCUGUCCUUUUUUAUCCACCAUUCCCCUCAUUUAUGCAUAGCACAUCCAAUCCAUCCUUCUUAAGUUUCAUCAGUCAAUACACACACAGACUCCAUAUCAAGAAGCUCUUACCUCAUUACCUGACUGUCAUUCCUUAGGUUCAUUCAUUAAGAAAUGUAAAGAAAAAGCUUAUCAGGUGUGCUACCACUCAUGUAACCCUUUGGCCUACAUUUUUUUGUGAUCUUACACUAACCCUUACACUAAACAGAAAACUAUUUGGAUAUUUUGUUUAUCAGAUUAAUACUAGAGCAGAAAUGUAUUAAGAUUAUAAAUUAUUGUGAUUAUGAGAUAGAAUGAUGUAUUAUAUUUACACAAAGCCAUCAUGCAGUCAGUUGCUGCAUUUAACAUUAAGUUGGAAGAUCCAAAGACCAGCUUCCUUCAAUAUAGCAUCAGCUGGAAAAAGGUUGUGAUUAAAUCUAUUCACAAUUUUUACCAGUGGCUGCUGGUGUGAAUAAAAAGAUUUGCAGUUAGAGGGAAACUGAUAACUUUUUUAUUAUUACAAAGCUUAUAUCAAUUCACUCUGCCUGUCUGGUAAAAAGGUUUAAACACGUUAUUUCUCCCAAACGCAUUCUCGGAUCAAGUUGAAACUUUGCACAAUUAUUAUUGGCAUAGACAAGUCAUGAAUCAAUAAAUAAAAUUAACCAAUUAGUCAAUUAAUUACUGGUAGUUAAUUAUUUAGUUUGUUAUGAACAAGGGAAAUUAAUCCUUCAGAAUUCACAUAUAGAUCUAAAUAUGUAGGGUUUCAUCCCCUUAGAUAAUUGAACACAUAAUUUCUUGCACAUUCAUUCUCAGAUCAAGUUGAAACAUUAGAGCAUUAUGUAUUGUACCUAACAAAACAUGAAUCAAUAUAAAUGAAUUCAAUAAGUCAAUUAAUUAUUGGUAAUAAAUUAUUUUGCUUGAUAUAAAAAAAAUUAAAAACUUCUACAUUAUUGAGAGAUAUGUACUUUUCCUUUAUAUAAGCUUUUUUUUUUUUUAAAAAAAAGGAUUUUUUAUAUUUUACUUGUUCGCGUGGAUACAAGCCAUGAUGAUAAAUACAAACAUUUUUAAAAGCUAUAUUUGGACAAGAAAUGAAAAGCCUGCAUGUAGAGUCUCAACUCUUAAUUGGCAUUUGAUUAUAAAUUAUACUCACCAUCGCUGAAGCUAUUUUUUGUUACAAAUUUAAAAUUAAUUCUGAAGAUAAUAAUAUUUCAAAUUAUUAUGGAACUUAAAUAAAUAUAGGAAGCUCUUUAUAAGAAAUAUAUUUAUCUGUAAAGCUUAUUAUAAGAAAUAAUUUUUUCUUAAAACUCACUAUAAGAAGUAUAUUUCCAUUGGACUAGCAGACCCAAAUUGCUUUAUCUUAUUCAGUAUCAAGGAAACUGCAUACCAUAUAGUUCUAGUCAACCUCUGACAUUGUAGCUAGACAAUUCUGUUGUUUUACAUACGUUAAGGGGGCACAGUGGUAGAGUGGUUAAGUGCAUGGCUUUCGAAUCUGGGGUCCGGGGUUUGAAUCUUGGUGAAGACUAGGAUUUUGAAUUUCUGGAUUUUUAGGGUACCCCUGACUCCACCCAACUCUAAUGGGUAACUGACUUUUGUUGGGGAAACGUCAAGGCGGUUCGUCCUUGUGCUGGCCACCUGACAUCCUGCUCGUAAACCGUUGGCCAAAGAAACAGAUGACCUUAACAUCAUCUGCCCUAUAAAUAGCAAGGUCUGAAAGGGGAACUUUACUUUUACACAAGUUAAAGGUUUUGCACUUAUUUUCUACCAUCUUUGUAAAUAUGUGACAUUAUUUUUUUUUUUAUUACCAUAUUUACAAAUUGACCCAGACCAUAUUUUUUCCCAUCAGUGCAAUGAUGACAGUGCAAUUUUUUU